AUGGCUCCACCCAUAAUGGACCAGCCGCAUCAGACCUCUUCGACGCAGCGAGGGCGUCCUCGACAGCGCUCGGCCGUCGCUUGUACCUGGUGCCAUGCAAGACGCGUUAAAUGUAAUGCCGCGGCCAAGGGGACGCCAUGUUCCAACUGCGAGGCCGGUGGACGCCACUGCAUGCUCAUCGAGAGCAAAAGGGGCAAGAAGCGGAAAGUGUCGACUUCUCCUUCGGCCACUCAACGCGACCUGUCUAGUAUCGCCCAGGCCUCGCCUACAGAGACAACCCCGGGCCAUGGUAACGUCUACGACCCCCUCAAGGGUGUGAGGAACCAGCCCAAGAGCCCCCAGGAGAGCCAUAAUCCUCGGACGGGGUCGACUUCAACGGGUGUCCCCGACAAACCUGAUCUGGCACAAGACUCGCAGGAGACUCUGUAUGCUCAGGUGCUUGACAAGGCGACCGACACCGGGAUGCUGCAGCCGGAUGUCAAAGAAGGCGUCGUCCAUGUCAUGUACAUGGGGGAGACGUUCAACUUGACGCACCUGUUGCGCCAGACGAACCCCGACUCUGCGCGGUCUACACGAAAGAGACACUACGUGGUCCGGUUCAAUCCCAAGAACCGGACGGCCGACCCUGUAGAAGAGCAGGAGGAAGAGGAGGACAAUGUGCUAAUGUCGUUUCUCCAGCAUCAAGGCUGCUUCCGCCUGCCGUCCGUCCAUACUUGCUACCAGCUGUUCCAGACCUAUUUUGAAUAUGUUCACCCUCACUACCCUAUCCUUGACCGCGAAGAUUUUGCUGCGCAAUACACUGAUCUCCAGAACCCAGCGUCGUACCUCCUGCUCCAGAGCGUCCUGUUCAUGGCCUCGGGACACUGCGAGCUGUCGGUUCUGCUCGAGGCCGGGUUCGAAUCGAGAUACCACGCACGAAAGACCUUCUUCCAGCGCGCAAAGGCCCUGUACGACAACGACCACGAACCCAACAAGGUGACGGUCGUCCAGGCCGUAUUUCUCAUCAGUUUCUGGUGGAACGGGCCCACGGAUCAGAAGGACACGUGGCACUGGCUGGGCAUCGCCAUCAGCCUCGCGCUGACGCUGGGCAUGCACCGAUCGACGCAACUGUCCGACAUGAAGCCCAAGGAUCGGUGCCUGUGGAAGAAGAUCUGGUGGUCACUCUUCGCCGAGGACAAGCACGCGGCGACCGCGCUGGGCCGCCCGGUCCACAUCCGACGGAGAGACUGCGACGUCGAACUACUCGAGAUUGGCGAUUUCGACGACGAACCGCGUGUCGCGAGAGCAGACAUCUUCGGCCGCCCCGAACGGGUCGACGGGCUCUAUGUCAUCGCGUUGGUCGAGCUUUCCAUGAUCGCAGAGAGCAUCGUCGAGAGCUCCUUCACCGCCUUCAACGCCACCACCUCGGAUAAUGCCGACAUGUUUCAGUCGUGCUCUCAGGCACUGGAGCAGUGGCGGUCGGGACUCCCGCUUGAACUGCGCAUCGAAUACACCAGCAACUGCCUGUGGACGAGCAUGCUGCACAUUGCACACAGUUGGUUCGAGAUCGUCACGCACCGGUCCAUCUCGCCGCAGAACCUGUCGCCGCCGUCGAUGAAGACGGCGCACUGCCUGGCCAUGGACGCCGCGAACCGCAUGGUCCGCAUCGUCGAGGAACUGCUCUCGCAGUCGCACAUCCUGCACUGCCCGAUCCACAUUGUCCCCGCGCUCUUCGCCGCCAUGGGCAUGCAGGCCGUCGACAUCUGCUCGGGCCAGUCGAUCCUCGAACAGCUCGGCGUGGUCAAGGUGCGUCUCGCCAUGAUCGCCCUGCGCGAGCUGCAGAGCACCUGGCCCGUCAGCGGCUGGAUCUUUCGCCUCUUUGCAAAGAUUGUCCGCCGCAUCCGCCACGGCGACGAGCUCCUCCCCCACGAACCUGUCAAUGCUUCGCCUCCCGUGCUGAUGAAGAUGAAGAUGAAUAGUCACGAUGUCGCUGCUGACAAGGGCGACAGUCCUGUACCGCAGAGCCAGGUCGUCAUUGACCAGCAGCACCAACAACAAUCAGUAUUCACCGGCAAGGCUCAGUACGGACAAGGAGAAGGACAGGACCCAAGCCUCACACCGACGACGACGACAGCAGCGUACACCAUAUCGACCACCCACCCCGCCGGACGGUAUCUCUUUGCCGAGACAUCCAGCCUGGCAAUGCCCGUGAGCUAUCCAGCAGACUGGGGAACCAUCCUCGACGACGGAGCCUGGGCUGAUUUGGAGUAUGAGUUUUGA